UUCAAUAGAGCAUUUCCCGUGCGAAAACGAGUCACUCUCCUGCGAACGCGGAAGUGCAGAUUGAAGAAGCAAAGCAAGUAAACAUGUCGGCGUUUCACUACAAUUUCGCUAUUAUUUGCCGUGUGCCCAACUCUCUGAAAAACAGGAGCGUUGGGUCGGAUAAUUAUCCAAACGGUGUUGAUGUAGAGAAAGCGAGACAAGAGUAUGAGACGAUCAGGGAAGUUUUGAAAAAUUGUGAUAUCAACAUCAUUGAACUUGUCGAAGAUGAAAGCUACCCCGACUGCUGUUUCGUGGAUGACACCGCAGUGGUCAUAGGAAACACGGCGUUGAUAGCCCGGCCUGGACACAGUUCAAGACAAGGAGAAGUAGGUGAAAUCAGGAAAGUGUUGAAAGGAGAUUUGCGUAUGAAUGUUGUUGAAAUUGGAAAUGCGAAGGCAACCCUAGAUGGUGGAGAUGUUCUGUUCACUGGCAAAGAGAUUUUUGUUGGUGUUGGCAAGCGAACCAAUGAGGCAGGGGCACAGGCGGUGGCUGAAGCAUUCCCCGAGUACGCCGUGUCAAAGGUCAACUUUGGAAACUGCGAGGCUCUGCACCUGAAGGAUGUUUUCAACAUGGCCGGCAGAAAUGUCAUGGCAGUGGCACCGGGCCCUGAUGUUCAAGCCGUGCUCCAGCAAAUGCAAGACGUGGCCAACUACCCAUACCACGUGAUGCAGAUGGACUCGAGGCUGGCCACUGACAUGCUGUAUGUCAACGGACAUCUCAUCCACCACGUUCGGCAGGAGAUGGGCAACAAAAGCUAUGGGACUCUGGACGAGAAGAUCCUGUGGCCCCGACACCACGUACAGCUGACGGAGCUGGCCAAGGUCGGGGGAUCCAUCGGCAGUCAGGCCAUCCUCAUCACACGCACCAGGCACCCCAAGAGAAUCAUCAGCAACAUCCAGGACGAGGACCUCGGGUACUUCACCAUGUGGAAACGUUCCGAGUCGUAGGCUCAUAAUCUCUAUAUUAUCAUUGUUUUGUGGAGUUUUAGGAUUUUAUAAAGGGGACAGAGAGUCGCAGUCUCAUGAUCAUUGUAUCUGUUUUGUGUGGGUUUUAGAAAGGGCUCGGUGUCAUAAGCCUCAUCAUCAUUUUAACAUUGUUUUUUCGAUUUUAGAAAAAGGAUGGCAGAGUCAUAGGCUCAUAAUCAUUGUGGUCAUUUUUUAAUGGAUUUUAGAAAGACUUCAGAGUUAUAAGCCUCGCAAUCAUUUUAACAUUGUUUUAUGGGUUUUAGACUGGGGAUGACAAACGAUAUAGGCUCAUGAUUCUCUUAGCAUUAUUUUAUCCAUUUUGGAAUGGGCACAGAGUCGUAGACUCAUGGUCAUUGUAUAAUUGUUAUUGUUCUGUGAAUUUUAAAAAGGGGACAGAACCGUAUUCUUUUGAUCAUCUUAGCUUUUUUUUUUCAGUGAGUCGUGAAUGGGUUAAUACAAGUUCUCCUGUAGCAUCUUUUUUAUAUUUCAAAACAUGCACAGCCUUAACCAUGAAUGUUUGAGGAAAGAAGGAUUUGUUUACUUUUGUUUUUACUCAUUUUGAUUUCCAACUGUUUUUUGUUUUCUUUUGUUCUUGAAGUUAGUCAGGAAUAAAGACAUGUCUGUCCACAUGAAAUGUUCUCUUGUUUUGUGUGUGAACAGCCACUGUUGUGGUAGGUCCUUGCGAUUGAACGUUGCUUUGAAAAUGUUUUCUAAAAAUUUAUUUUGUUUUAAAAUUCCAAUUUUAUCUUCCGAUAUAUUCCAGACUAAAUUCCUGUAGUUGCCACUUUCUGUAUAACUUUGUUUAUUUCAAAAGCAGCCGUGAUUUUCACAUCUUAAGACAUUUUCUGUAGUUUACUGUGACAUUCAUUUUCCCCUGCAAAGUCUGGGUUUUUGCUGAAAGUUGGGACAUUUUGGGGAUAGUAUAUCAGAUGCUAGCGAAAAAGAAAUGUUUCUUACAGAAGCUUGUUGAGUAAAAAGAAAAGUCUGUCUUUGGCAGGGAAUUGUAAUUUGUUUGAACGUGCCCUCCUAUCUUUCACAAAUUCAUCUUCAGCCAAGAAGAUCUUCCCCCCCCCCCCCCUUCCGUACUACUGCAGCAUAUCAAAGCUUUGUUCCGUUGUUCUCUGAUGAACCACUGUGAAAACUAUCAACCACUUUUUAUGGAGCUUGUCUUAACGGUCUAGAUGUAUGUAUAUAUUUAGGUUUAUCCGGAUUAAAUAUUUUUAUAAAAUAGUGCUCGCUACGUGCGUGAAAGGGAGUGAGAUGGAUUCUCUCUUAAUACUCUCAGGCGUAAAUUUUUUGCUGGCUGUCUUUAGCGUAGAUGUCAUAUUUAACCUGGUGCUCCAGUUCUUAGCUUGCUACCCGUUAUUGUCAGCAUAGAAAAGUCAUAUUGCUGUAGAUGUUCUCAGCUCCUAUGGUUUCAUAUGUUUGUCAAUUUUUGUCAUGGUUUUCUUCGAGAUGGAAAAUAAUGUGUAAUGGUGAUGCAGUUUCUCUAUAAUGUAGAAGUCGAGUAGACUAUGCCAUAUUUGAUCCGGUACUUCAGAGAUUCAUCAAUAGUUCAAGCAGCAAUAAAUUCCAUGUCAUUAAUUAGAUCUGUGUCUCUUUCUUUGUAUUAGUCUGUACCUUGUUACCAGUUUACAGUCAAUGCAUUGAUCUGUCACCGUUUUUUUAUGCGUACAUAUUGAUUUAUGAAUUGGCACUUUUUACGCAUAAAAACCUGCCAUUGAUUAUGGUAGGCGAUUACAUGUAUGGUUGUAAUGAUUUCUUUCAAUAAAUUAUUUUCUUUUGUAUGUGAAUUUUUACAAGAGAUUUUGAGUUUUUUUCCCCCCCCUUCAUCAUAUCAUGUUUGGGAGAGGGUUAAUGUUUUUAUAACAAGUCAAACACUUUUGCAUUUUUAGCAGUAAAUCUUUUCAUCUUUUUCUAGUCUAAGAUUUGGAACAGAUGUCAAUAUGGUUACUCCCCCCCCCCCCCCCCCACACACACACCCCCCACACCUUUCCAGAGAUUGUUCUUCAUGUUUUAAGUAUCCAAACCUGUUGUGUUUUUGUUUUUGUUUGCCUGGUUGUUUCUUUAUGUACGGUGGUGUUCUGCUGUAGAGAUUGUUCUGUCUAGAGCAGUCUUUGAACAUGUCACAAUGUUCUCACUGAUGUACCGGCGCCAACAGUGUAGCAUACCCAAACUUUCUACCUUUUCUUUGGAUGUUCUGCACAUUGUGAUCAUACAUUUCUUACAUUUCCUCCUUUCUUGCCCUUGUUAUAUUAUUCAUCAACCACUUUUCUUUCAUUUCGUCACCCAUGCGCUCAUAUGACCUUUUAUGUAGUUGGGAGCGCUGUAAAACUCUCGCGAACCAAUCACCCCAUGUUGCACAUUGUCAGUUCCUGAAGUGUUGUCAUAUUUCUCAAGGGAUAUUUACUUCUCUCACUUUACCACUGCGAUUUCAUCACUCCCAGUAUAUUAUAUCAUGUAUAUUUGACCAUAAUGUUUUUUCUUUCGAGUCACUGUUUUAUUGGAGAUGUUUAGAGUAGUGGCUGCGGUGGCCUCUAUUGUUGCAUAGAGAGGGGAAACCUUGUGGCUGCUCUCUUUUUGUGGGGAUUCUCUCUGUGAAAUGUGUGACAGUAGUAGCUGGAAACAAGGUUUCUAAUUCUGUCCACGAGACACAUGACAGUGUGUAGUUUGUUAUAGAAAUUCUGUCCCUGAAAUUUGCGACAGAGUGCGGUCAUAAAGAUUUUAUUUAUGAAAUUCGUGACAGUGUGUGGCCAUAAAAUUUCUGUCUUUGAAACGUGACAGUGUUUAGUCAUUUAGAUUCUGUCUAUAAAAUAACUUGUGAUAGAGUUUAGUCGUAAAGAUUAUAUCUUUGAAGUUAAUGAUCUGGUUGAAGUCAUAAAGAUUCUAUCUAUGAAAUAGGGAUAGUGUUUGGUCUUAAGAUUCUGUUAGUGAAUGAAAUAUAUGGCAAUGUUUGCUCCUCACUCCUAAUGCUGCCAGCAAAAUCAAUGUGAUGACUUUUUUCAGGAGCUUAUAAUCAGAAGCUGGUGGGUGCAGAAAGGCAGAGGCUAGGAGGGCGUUGUAGUUGUAGGUUGUUGUAUGUUUGGGACCAACGAAGUGUUGUGUAUGUCUUCCAGCUGAUGAUACAUAUCCACUACAGAGGCUCUCAGUCCUCUUUCUCAGAUCAAGCAGAUUUGCCGAAGAAGGUAUCGGUUGUUUAAAACACAAAAACACAUUCUCAGCUCUGUCAGACUUGUCGAAGAAAGUAUUGGUUUUUUAAGACACAGGGGCACAUUCUCAGAUCAGUGAGACUUCCUGAAGAAGGCAUUGUGACUGUUUAAGACACAAAGAUACCUUCUCAGCUCCGUCAGACUUGCAGAAGUUCUGGCUGGGAUUGCUGACCUUGAGUGAUGAGAGAGUUGGCAAGUCUGGUGUUUGUAAAGUAAAGCAGAAGGACAAUCCCUGAGGAUCUUAGUCUUAAGUAAUGAGAGUCUGUACUAGAUAUAGAUUUCUGCUUUUUACAUCGUUAAUUACUUCCGGUGCCAAAAGGUCAUAGUCGUAGGCUUAGCAAAGCUGACAGUACUGACAGUUUUCUGUAUCAACUGUUUGGAGCCUAUCAUUUAUUUAAUUUGUAUGUAAAGCUGCUUGAGCACUUGCUUGUUAGCUUCGCUCCCUUGGUUUUAUUUCACUUACUAGUGAAUCCAUGUUUUUUCUGGACGAGACGCUUGCUUUUUACUGUCCCUGACACAAAGUCUGCGCCGUGCUGAACAAAGGCUGUUGUUUCAUUGUUGUGAGGGCUGGGUUCUCUGGUAGGUGUGAGAGCAAAGUCUUGGAGCAAAUUGUGGUUAAAGUUUCUACUGGUGACCCAUGACAUGUGUCACAUGAGAUGUGUAUUGGCAACGUUUGACAAGCAUAACAUGAGAUGUGUACUGGUGACGUUUGACACGCAUCGCAUGAGGUGUGUACUGGUGAUGUUUGACACACAUAACAUGAGGUGUGUACUGGUGACGUUUGACACACAUAACAUGAGGUGUGUUCUGGUGACAUUUGACACGCAUAACAUGAGGUGUGUACUGGUGAUGUUUGACACGCAUAACAUGAGGUGUGUACUGGUGAUGUUUGACACGCAUAACAUGAGGUGUGUACUGGUGACGUUUGACAUACGUGGCAUGAGGUAUGUACAGGCCUGAGAUUGUCUACAUGUAAACGACAGACUAGUGGUUGGUAACACAUUCCAGCUAAGUUGUAGCUCCUGCUAGUUGCGCAAUAUUUAGCCUCCAAUAUAACGCUCAGCGUACCAUGUUUAUUGUCAUGUAUGUUGAGACUUAUGUUCCUAAAGUAUGUACAGUCUGCGUCAUAUCGUUUUGCUUACAUUUACAAAACGGUAUUACCGAGUGGGUUGUGGGAUUGUACCUCGCAUUGUUAUAUAAUCUUUCUCAAUUAUUUGUCAGGUUGUUUUGUCUGAGUUGAAGUGGUGUGCUGUCUCGUAAAGUUAAUCAAUUAGCGUAAGGCUCCGCCGCUUUGAAAAGUGACUCACUAAGAGUUUGUAAUAGAAUCUCUAGUUUAUACUGUUGUCGUGUGCUGAAUUGAUGUUGUUGUCGUGUAUCAAAAGGAAAAAGGCUUUUUGGAGAGAUACCUUUUGUUGGGAGAAAUCUUUUUUCUCUCACAAUUAUUUGUUUUGACAAUUUCUGCACUCAACGCUUUUUCUUAUAUAUGUAUAUAUUGGUACCAAUUAUUGUUAGUAUGUCUCAGAACUUUUGAGCAUUUGUUAAGAAUUAUGUUGAGAUUUAUGAUUUUAUAAGGUCUUUUUUUUUCUCCAUGUCUCACAGUCUGUCAUUGGGUGGUUGUAGCAUCUCUACCUGCAGUCUGAGUUCUUUGUGUUCUUGAGGUGUGUACUUUUCAUUAGCUAUCAGUUGUUGAGAUUUGUACUUUUCACGAACGGUCUAUUUUUGAGGUGUGUAGGUUUUUUUUUAGCAGUCUGUUGUUGACCCGCUUCUCAUUACUCUUCAUUUCUGAGGUAUGUACUUUUCAUUAUUAUAAGCGUGUAUGUGUUUAAGGUGUGUACUUUUCAUUAGCGAUCUGUUCUUGAGAUGUGUACUUUUUCCUUGGCGAUAAUGUAUACUUUUCUUUAGCGGUUGGGUUGGUUCUUGAGGUCGCGUAAUUUUUGGUUGACGGUGGUCAUGACUUUACCUUGUUGUUGCACCCGCAUCUCUUUGGCUGAGGGGUGACUUUGUUCCUUGCUCAUUCUCACUCUGACUUCAUGUGAUGUCUUCUUUCCUGUGGUGAGCCUGUUACUUUUGUGAUGUAGGUGCCUUAAGUCCUCAAGCUUCUGUUGUCUUUUCCCUCCCUUCUGCACUGUGUGCUUCUUUGUUGGCUGAGUCACACCUCAUAGUCCAUAGGUCAGUUGCCGAUUUUUAAAAUAAAUCUGGCAACCAUAAAUCUGGAAACCCGGAUAUCCGGCUUUUAUGGAUGUCCGGAUAUCCAGAUUUCGGAAAUUUUCCUCUGAUUGCAUUUUAUGAAAAAAAUAGUCUUGAUACAUAGAUUUACGAGUGAGUAUGAUCCAUGAAUUUUUUCCCUCUGUGGGCAUUUAUACAGAGUCAGAAAAGUGCAGGAUGUGUUGUUUUUUUUUACAUUCUUUUUUAAAAUGAAAUUGUUUGUGGCCAGUUAGCACUUCUCCUUUUAGAUACAUGGGUACAAACAAAGAGACAAGAUUCUGAGAAAUAAUGAAGACAAAAAGAAAGAGUAUACAAACUGUGCUUUUGUGACAUUCUUGCAACUCAACAUAAUUAUCUAUUCUGUUUGUCAUCUGCUUGUGCUUAUUUUUGUUGGUUGUUGUUCUUAUAGAAGCAAUUUCUCUCUAGCACUUUGUGAUGCUGAUACUCGUUUCUAUUUUGCAAUGUUCAUGCUACGAUGAUAUGUUUUGUCUUGUAGGCAUUUGUUCACCCACUUUUGAUAAUUAAUGAGCAUUUUUGUUUUUUGAUUCUGCUUAUAUUGUAGUUAGUUGUUUUAGCCUUAUUUACUUAUGCGUACAAAUUUGCUACUACUACUACUACUACUACUACUAUUACUACUAUUACUACUACUACUACUACUACUACUACUACUACUAGUGCUUCUAAUGUGUCUGUCUAUGUUCAAUUUGUUUUUAAUGAAUAGAAAUAAGAUGUAUUUAUUGUAGUGUGAAGGUAGUGUGUAAUGUAGACUGGGAACACAGGUGUAGGGAGAUAAACAGAUUUAGAUAAAAAUGAUAAUGGUAAUACAUUGUAAUAAGAAUGAUAAUAGUAAGAAUAAUAAUACUGGUGAUAAUAAUUAUAAUCAUAGUAAUGAUAAUAAUGAAAAUGAUAAUAGUAGUUUGUCCUUCAUGAACUGAUGAUGACCUUUAACAUCAUGAGAAGAAAAGAAGUUGGAGACUUUGCUAGUUACCGCAGCUGGCUUACAUGGUAUAAAACACAGUCAAGGAAAUGAUUGGAAAGAACUUGGGUGUAAUGGUCAGAGAGAGUAUAGUAAGGAAAUAGUAGCAAAGAACGUGCAGUUAAGAUGAGAGAGAGUGCAGUGUACAGUAAAAGAAAUAAUGGCAUGCAAGUUGUAAUGUAAUGGUCAGAGAGAGUACAGUAAAGGAAAUCAUUGCAAAGAACGUGUAGUAAUAAUCAGAGAGAGUACAGUAAAGGAAAUCAUUGCAAAUAACAUGUAGUAACGAUUAGAGAGAGUACAGUAAAGGAAAUCAUUGCAAAUAACAUGUAGUAAUGAUUAGAGAGAGUACAGUUAAGGAAAUCAUUGCAAAGAACGUGUAGCAAUAAUCGGAGAGAGUACAGUAAAGGAGAUCUUAGCAAAGAGCGUGUAGUAAUAAUCAGAGAGAGUACAGUAUUGGAAAUCAUUGCAAAGAAUGUGUAGUAAUAAUCGGAGAGAGUACAGUAAAGGAAAUCAUAGCAAAGAACGUGUAGUAAAGAUUAGAGAGAGUACAGUAAAGGAAAUCAUAGCAAAGAACGUGUAGUAAAGAUUAGAGAGAGUACAGUCAAGGAAAUACAUAUAUAAGCAUGCAACUCGUAAUCAUCACAAAUGCCACAUCUCGCCAAAGCAGAGCCUUUCCCCCUUCCUUAAAGUAGUGCGCUUAUUAUCUGCAUCAACUUGUUAAAAUAGUUGCUUCUAAUCUGAGUGCCGGUACUAACAGUAACACGUAUGGUUCUGGUUCAUCUUCUUUGACAAUACUUGAUUGAAUUGAAUCCUUCCAAGGGGGUGCAGUGCAGUACAGUAAUGCAAAAGGAUUUCUCAGAAGGCUGUAGAUAUGUCUCUGUAGCUGCUUUGCAAAAUGUCGUUAUUUUGCUGCAGUUUUUGGUAGUUCAAGGGAGCUCGACAAUGUGUAACUUGUUUUUUAUUCUGCUGAUGCUGUUGGUAUUAAAGCAACUUUUUAACAAUGUAAAUUAAAUAAAUAUAUUAUAUACAUUAAUAAAUAUAUUAUAUUUAAUACGUUUUUAAAUUCAGUUUUGGGAAGAAAGUUUAAUUCAACAGUCAAAUUUGCGGGCUUGGUUAUUUUACUAUACGUGCCAAUCUAGAUUUUCUGUAGCCGCGCUCUAACUAGAUGUGUUACAUAUUGUUUAACCUUGUGAUCAGCCAGUGCAAGAGUGCAUUAUCUGUUGUCAGGAGUGAGGGGGUGAUCCUCCACCUCCGCAGAUAUUACGUUGUUGUUGUCAGCCAUUCUAGCUCAAAUCUGUGAACUCAGCGCUAGCCUCCACCCCCUCCCCCCACCUCUCCCAUUGUGUAUAUAUAUAUAGUGCACCUCAUGCUAGCCGGAGCCUGCAUUUCUCCUCCUUCCAAGUAAGCGUCACGGCCGUGUCAUGCUCUAACUGUGUAGCCGGGAAGUAAAAAAUAAAAGUAGGUCAGUUAAAAGGUCUAUCUAUCUGUGACCUUGAGGUAAUUUCGACAAAAAUGCAAAAACUAAAAAGCCUAACAAAAGAAACUUGCCAAAAAAUGUUUAACUGAAUUGGACUUGGCCAUGAUGGUACUUCAGUGAGUUUGAGUAAUUUGUAAAGGCCAUAACUCUUGAUUUCAAGCCACCCAGUCAUUUUGUUGAAAUGCUUUGUUUUGCCGUCUCUGCGACACAUGUGGUCGUACCAAGAGCUCUGAUUUUAUUAUCAUGUGACAGAUCCCCUUUUUAUCCGUCACUACUUAACUUGUUUUUUGUUUUUAGGUUGUUGUUUGUUUUUUUUUAUUUAAAAAAAAAAUAAUUGACAAAGUGGCUCUGCUGUUGGUCUUUAAAAAAUCUGGAGUCAGAAUACAUUAUAAAUAAUAGUACUACUGUGGGCUAACGCUUUUAUUUUUUUUCAUCGUUUUAGAUCAGAACUCUCUUUUUUUUUUCCUUAAGGUUCCAGAUCCCGGAUCCGCGGUUAGAGCAUAACACUACAGUCUGAAUAAACGGUUUUCUCGGCACUGUCUCUGGUGUCAGAUUUGAAUCAACGACCUUUGUGUGACUAUUUGUGUGUACACUAGAGGAGAAAAGUUUUCCGUUUCCAAUCUACAAUAAAGCAAGUAAUAUUCUUUUAC